GGUGGGAGUAGGCGAGGAGUCCCAGUCGGUGUAGCUAGUUUGAGCUUUGAAAUUCCAGCUUGCCGCCGAGGUUUGUGCCGCUGAGGUUUAAAUUGCUGAGCGCAGUGAGCCGUAUUGCUGUUGCUUCAGCAAAGCCUCGCAAAUGUCUCCCUUUUGACUUGAGCCGGCAGAGUAGCCAAGUUUACUGGCCGUGGCGAGACUGGCCUGUGGCUGAGGGGAUCUGAGUGGGCGUGAGGGACGCGCCAUGUUCGCCCUCGGCUCGGGAUGGGGGCUGGGCUGCCUCUGGCUCAGUCAGCUCAGAGUCUGGGCCCGCGACGCCGCCGGGCGCUGGGCGCUUGGGGCUUGUCAGGCCCGGCUGUGCUGCUCAGGUGGCGGCGAGGGCAGGCCCGGGUCCGAGCCCGAGGUCUCUCCAUUUGGCCCCACGCGCCAGACUCUGAAGGAGUGGGCGCUGCUGGUGAGCCCUUUCGGUCGGCUGCGGGCGCGGCUCCCGUGCCACCUGGCCGUGAGGCCCCUGGACCCCCUCACCUACCCGGACGCCGACCGCGUGCUGGUCGCGGUGAGCGGAGUGGAGGGCAGGGCGCGGGCCCUGGCCGGCCUGCAGGUGGAGUAUGACGAGGCGCUGAAGGAGGUGGCCAUCGUGUCUGACGUCAUCGACCCCCAGGCGUCCGUGGAAGUGACCGCGCCCCUGAAAUUCGAUUUGAAUAUCAAGUCAUCAGGGUCUGGCUGUGUGAAAGUCCAAAAUAUUGAGUGUGAUAAUUGCAAAAUUGAAACUGAGCAGGGGACUAGCAUCUUACAGUCUGUUAAGAGUCCACAAUUACACGUUCAAACAAAAGGAGGAAAAGUGAUCUGUCUGGGAACAAUUUAUGGAAAUAUAAAUAUUCAUGCAUCAGAUAAAAGUACUGUGACCAUAGAUAAACUUCAAGGAAGUUCUGUUAAUAUAUCUACUGAAGAUGGUUUGCUGAAAGCCAAGUAUCUUUACACAGAAUCGUCAUUUCUAUCUUCUGCUGCUGGGGAUAUUACAUUAGGAAGUAUUCAUGGUAAUAUAACACUACAAAGCAAGAUGGGUAACAUCACGGUAGGUUCGUCUUCUGGAUGUCUAAAUGCUUCAACUCAUCAGGGUGCCAUAGAUGUUUAUGUCAGCCAGCUGGAGAAAGUGGAAUUGAAAUCCCAUAAAGGCUCCAUUCUUGUCAAGGUUGCAUCUUCUCUUCAAGCUUAUUUACAGUUAUCAGGGAAAGAAAUUGAUGUGAACCCAGAAUUCCGUGUUGAAGAAAUGGAUGAAGCUCAUAAAGAUGAUGGUGUAAUAAUUACUGGGCUCAUGAAUCAAGCAAGCAAACAUGAAAAGUGGAUUAAGGCUGAUGCCCCAAAAGGCACUGUAACUUUUAGAAGUCAAAGCUGGUUUCAGUCCCUGAAACUGAAGGACUAAGAAUGGUUUGAGUUGUAUUUCUAAUUUUUAACAAUGAUAAGUAGGUCUGUGACUAUAAAAAUGUAAAUAACCACUAUCCCUAUAAAUGUUGAAAACAACAAAUUGGAAUGAAUACUGGUGACUUGUCUUAAGAAAGUCUUUUCAGAAUUUGUACUUAGCUGUUAUAUUAGUUUUCUAUUGUAAAAAAUUACUACAAACUUACUGACUUAAAAUAACAUCUGUUUACCCUGGGGUAUCCUGGACACCCCACUUACAUUAAUGGGCAUAUCAUCCAGAGAGAAAAUCAAUAAGAAAACACGAGCCUUAAAUGAUACAUUAGACUAGAUGGAACUAAUUGUUUGAUAUAGAACAUUCCAUCCAAAAGCCGCAGAAUACACAUUCUUUUCAAGUGACAUGGAACAUUUUCCAGGAUAGAUCACAUGCUGGGCCUCAAAAAAAGCCUCAGUAAAUUUAAGAAAACUAAAAUUAUGUCAAUCAUCUUUUCCCACCAUGCUGUGAGACCAGAAAUCAACUACAAGAAGAAAAACUGCAAAAAACCACAAACACAUGGAGGCUAAAUAAUAUGCUACUAUAAACAGCCAAUGGAUCACUGAAGAAAUCAAAGGAAAUUUAAAAAUACCUAGAGACAAAUGAAAACAAAAACAAUGACCCCAAAUCUAUGGGGUGCAGCAAAAGCAGUCCUAAAAGGGAACUUUAUAGCAAUACAAGCCUACCUCAGAAAACAAGGAAAAACCCAACCUAUCGAAACUAGAAAAAGAACAAACAAAAUCCAAAAUUAGAUGGAAAUAUAUACCAUUUCAUGGAUUGGAAGAAUAAAUACUGUAAAAUGACCAUGCUACCCAGGCAAUCUACAUAUUCAAUGCAAUCCCUGUCAAAACACCAAGGACACUUUAUACACAACUAAAACACAAAUAAUUCUAAAAUUUUUACGGAAACACAAAAGGCCUCAAAUAGCCAAAACAGUCUUGAGAAAGAAGAAAAGAACUGGAGAAGUCAUGCUCCUUAACUUCAGACUACACUAACAAAGCUACAAUAAUCAAAACAGACAUAUCAGUGGAACAGAAUAGAGAGCCCAGAUAUAAACCCACAAACUUCUGGUCAAUUAAUCUAUGACAAAAAGAGGCAAGAGUAUCCAGUGGAAAAAAAGACAGUCUCUUCAAUAAGUGGUAUUGAGAAAACCGGACAGCUACAUGUAAAAGAAUGUAAUCAGAAUAUUUUCUAACACCAUAUUCAAAACUAAACUAAAAGUGGAUUAAGGACCUAAAUGUAGUAUCAGAAAACGUAAAACUUCCAGAAGAAAGCAGAGGCGGAACACUCUUUGACAUAAAUCAUAGCAAUAUUUUUUGGAUCUGUCUCCUAAAGCAAAGGAAUAAAAGCAAAAAUAAACAAACUGGACCUAAUUAAACUUAAAAGCUUCCACACAGCAAAGGAAACAAUCAACAAUAUAAAAAGACAGCCUGCUGAAUGGGAGGAAAUAUUUGCAAAUGAUAUGACCGAUAUCUAAAAUAUAUAAACAGCUCUAACAACUCAACAUCAGGAAAACAAACAACCUGAUUAGAAAAUGGGCGGAAGAACUGAAUGGACAUUUUUUUUUCCAAAGAGGAAAUGCAAAUGGCCAACAGGCACAUGAAAAGAUGCUUAACAUCGCUAAUCAGGAAAAUGCAAAUCAAAACUGCAACUAAAAACAAAUAAUUCUAAAAUUUUAUGGAAGCACAAAAGACCUCAAAUAGCCAAAACAAUCACCUCACACCUAUCAGAAUGGCUAUCAUGAAAAAGUCUACAAAUAACAAAUGUUAGUGAGCAUAUGGAGAAAAGGGAACCCUUGUAUGCUGUUGAUGGGAAUGUAAAUUGGCACAGCCACUAUGGAAAAGGAUAUGGAGAUUUCUCAAAAAACUAAAAAUAGAACUACCACAUGACCCAGCAAUUCCACUCCUGGGUAUAUAGCCAAAAGAAAAAAAAAAAAGGAAAACCCAGAAACACGAAUUCAAAAAGAUAAAAAAAUAGUUGUAUCCCAGUGUUCGUAGCAGCAUUACUUACAAUUGCCAUUACUUGUAAACAGCCUGUGUCCAUCAACAGAUGAAUGGAUAGAGAAGUAUAUAUACAUACAAUAGAACACUACUGAGCCAUAAAAAAGAAUGAAAAUUUGCCAUUUGCAGCAACAUGGAUGGACUUGGAGGACAUCAUGCUACGUGAAAUGAGUCAGACAGAGAAAGACAAAUACUGUAUGAUACUGCUUAUGUGUAGAAUCUAAAAAAUAAGACAAAUUAGUGAAUAUAACAAAAGAGGAGCAGACUCACAGGCGAACAAACUAGUGGUUACCAGUGAGGGAGAGGGAGAGGCAAGACAGGGGUGGUGGGCUAAGAGGUACAGACUACAAUGUAUUAAAUAAAUAAGCUACAGGGAUAUAAGUACAACAAAGGGAAUAUAGCCAAUAUUUUAUCAUAACUAUAAAUGGAACAUAACCUUUAAAAAUUGUCAGUCACUAUGUUGUACAACUGAAACAUAUAAUAUUGUAUAUCGAAGUAACUCAUUUAAAAAAAAUUUAAUACAAUUAGUUAUAAAGCUGAAAAAAAAUUAAGUAAAAUAACAGCUGUUUAUCAGCUUAUAGUUCUGUAGGUCAGGACCUCAGUGUGGUUAGGUUCUCUGCUCAGGGCAUCCACAAGGCUGGACUCAAGGUUUUGGCCAGGCUGAGUUCUCAUCUGGAUGAUUUGAGAAAUAAUCUACUUCCAAGCUCAUUCAUAUUGUUGGCAAAAUCCAGUUCCUUGUGACUGAGAUCUCUGUUUACUUGCUGACUGUCAGUAGGCAAUCACUCUAAGCUUCUAGAGGCCAUCUCCAUCUUCAAGCCAGCAAUAAUCCAUUCAGUUCUUAUGCUUUGAAUAUCUUUGCUCUUUUACUGCAAGCAGCUUGUGAUAACUCUGCUUUUAAAGAGCUCAGAGAAUUGAGACAGUCCUACCCAGGAUAAUCUUUGUUUUGACAUGUAAUGCAAUAUGGUAUGAUGUCAUUUUCAUAGUUUCCACUCAAAGUCAAAAAGAAGAAAUUAUACAAAGAUAUAGGUAAAAGGAGACACUUACUUUAGAAUUCUUUGUAUGAGAGCUCUCAUAUAACAUGUUUUCUACUUAGUACUUAUUGUGACAUCAAUGUAAGUUUAAGCUGUGAAUAAAACACAUUGUAAAUAUGA